GGAAGCGCCGGUUGUGUGCUCCCCUCAUCUGGGCCGAAGUCGCCAUUGGCUGAGACCAAAUCAAGCCACCACGAAAGAAGGGCAUCCAAGUCCACUCCCCGUCCGUCCAGGUCCGUCCACCCGUCAGCCCCAAGUUUCCUCGCCUUCCCCCCCCCCUUCAAGCCGCGCGCCAUGGAGCCUGCCCGGCCAGCAGUACAUACCUAGUCAUGUUUCAUUUGCUUUACACCCGACUAGAGCCAUCCGGGGGCCCGGGCGAUAGCUACCUGAGCGGAUUGGCGGUCCAGGGAAGUCGGCCGGUUCUGCUGCAAGGGUUUCGAGGACGAGGAUGCCGAGGAUUGCGAGAAUCGGCCUCUCUCUCCCUCUCACUCUCUUGCCUCGUUCGCUGCCUGUCCUACACCUCUCGUCUCGGGCCUGGAUGCUACCCGGCCUGGAUGUCUCCCGAUUUGUGCUCUCCUAUGCGUUUCGAUAUUAGACUGAAGGGCGCCGAAGUCCUAGGAGCGCGCAGAUCUUUGAAUAAUUUGCUCUUCCUGAUUACUACGGUACAAUAUAGGUACAUGGAAUGCGCAUCAUCCUGCGCUGGAUGCCUCUGGGUGACUGGGUGUGGGUGUGUGCGUGUGGCUAUCUGGCUGACCCGUCCUUGGACAAUUUUGUUCGAGCUGAAUACGUACGUACUUACCGACAUACAUACCUACAUAUACAUGCCUUGGCGGCGAAUGCCGUCUCUAUUGGAUUUGUCGAGAAGGAGGAACGCCGUGCUAUAUGCCCUCGAUGCCUCUUCGGCGAAGACGCUGUGCCGUUGUCUUCGGCCUCACGACGACGACGACGGCAACGACAAGGAAGAUAACCUGGUCCCCCCCUCGUCUGGCUAGGCGGACUUAUGACCUUACCUGUAAUUCACACAUACAUAUACACACCAAUAUGUCCAUAU